CAGUUUCGAACGGAAAUUUGUGAACUACACACGACGUUUUUCUCUUCUCGCAAGACAACAUCUUUCGUCACAUCAUUUUUCCUCCCCCUGUAACCGGACGUGACGAUGAUGAAAGCAGUGUUGUGUCUGAUUUUCACACUGUGCCGCUGCCAAAGCUUUGCCCAGAAUAUCGUCUGCUAUUACGAUGGUCGUGCAGGAACUUACGCGACCCCGGUGCUGCCGGAGGCACUCCAAUCGGCCAACUGUACCCACUACACGUACAUCGGAAUUGGGUUCACAUCAAAGGGAGACCUUCGGGAGCUGAAUCCCAACUUUGAUUUGAAAACUGGCCUCCCGUCGUUUCUUCAGCUGCGGUCUCCCACAUCGAAACUGUUGGUCCUGCUGGGGGGCAUCUACGAGAGCAGUGCCACGUUUUCAACCGCCGUUGCCGCCUCGUUGGAUUCCCUCAUCAAUAACGUAGCCCUGUUUUUGACCCGCCACAACCUGGACGGUGUCGACGUAGACUGGCGGUACCCGGGAAGCCGCGGGGGAAAACCCAACGAUAAGGUCAAUUUCCAAAAGUUUCUGAUCCGGCUACGGGCUCGCCUAAACAUGAUGAACAAGCUGCUUGCGAUAUCUGUUUCCCCGAACCCGGCCCCGUCCGGGGUGGCUUACGAUGCUACAACAUUAAGCCUAUAUGCCGACAUGAUCAAUGUGUACGCGUUCAACUUCACCGAGGGAACGGAAACCGUGACGACCAAUUUGGCCCCAAUGUACUCCAAUUCCGCCAACCCGAUUAGUGUGAACUCGUCAAUCUCGAGCUGGCUCUCGACAAAGGUUAGGAAAAACAAGCUGAACCUCGUCGUCGCCACGUACGCCCGCUCCUACACCCUGGCUAACGCGGCCUCCAAGAGUGGCCUGGGAGCACCGACCCGUGGCCAAGGGUUGGCCGGAACAAACAGCAAACAACCGGGCUACCUGUCCCAGGAUGAGUUUUGUGCAAUCAAAUCCGGUUAUGGCAACACCAACGAUGCCACCACCCAGACCACCUUCUUCGCCCGUGACUCGAGCUGGGUCAGUUCGGAAACGGCCGACUCGCUGGUCCAGAAGUACUCGUACGCCAUCGACAGCGGGCUGGCCGGGGUCGGCAUUUACACGCUCGAUUGGGACGACACCAGCGAUGGCUGCGGGGCAGGCCAGUUUCCGGCCGUACAGCUGGCCAGGGACUAUUUACUUUCGAGUUAUUGAUUUCACACC